AUGAAGACGUCUCUUUGCCUGCUUCUCCUCGCCGCCGUCGUUGCGGCUGAGGUUUACUUCAAGGAAGAGUUCUCGGAUGAUAGCUGGGAGAAGAGAUGGAUCCAAUCCAAGCACAAGGAUGACUACGGAGCGUUCAAGCUCUCUGCUGGAAAAUACUUCGGCGAUAAGAAGCGUGACCAGGGCAUCAAGACCAGCCAAGACGCCAAGUUCUACUCGCGCGGAGCCAAGUUCCCCAAGUCUUUCUCCAACAAAGGCAAGACGGUCGUCAUCCAGUUCACUGCCAAGCACGAACAGGGAAUUGACUGCGGAGGCGGUUACGUUAAGGUUUCUUUUUUUUUUAAAUUCUAAAACCGAAAAAAUUACCCAAAUAUAAUUUUUGCAUAAGUAUUCCCGACCGUGAAUUGGUCUAUCAUACAUUAGUUUUUUUUUGCCAGAAACUUGAAAAAAAUUAGGGAAAGUUUGUAAAAUAGUAUUUUUGGUAAAUUUUUUUAUUUUUCUAAACUUUACACAGCAUGUUUCAGGUUAUGCGAUCUGACGCCGACUUGGCUGACUUCCACGGAGAGACUCCCUACAAUGUGAUGUUCGGUCCUGAUAUCUGCGGCCCCACUCGCAAAGUCCACGUUAUCUUCUCCUACAAGGGCAAGAACCACCUUAUCAAGAAGGACAUUCGCUGCAAGGUUCGUCAAAAACUAAUUAUAUCUUGAUACUCAUUUUUUUUUUUCAGGAUGAUGAGCUCACUCACUUGUACACCUUGAUCUUGAACCCCGACAACACCUACGAGGUGCAGAUUGAUGGAGAGAAAGUCGAAGGUGGCUCUCUCGAAGAGGACUGGGAUCUCCUCCCAGCCAAGAAGAUCAAGGAUCCCGACGCGAAGAAGCCUGAAGAUUGGGAUGAGCGAGAGUACAUCGACGACGCCGAAGACAGCAAGGUUAGUUUUUAAAGUUGAUAGUUUGGACAAAAAAAACCAUCACUUUCACCAUGGUAAAAAAUUUCAUAUGUCAAUCAAAGUAGCUAUUCUGGACAAAUUUUUUAUCAAAACAGUAGAAAGAACAAACAAUUGGACAAACUUUUGAUGAUGACGAAGCAUUUUUAUGGUCAUUUUUGUCAAAAGGAACAUAAGAAAACGAUAACCUUAUUGCUAAAUAAGAGUAUUAUAUUUUUCUAAAAACGUUUUUUUCAGCCAGAAGACUGGGACAAGCCGGAGCAUAUGCCUGAUCCGGAUGCCAAGAAGCCGGACGACUGGGAUGAUGAAAUGGACGGAGAAUGGGAGCCACCAAUGAUCGACAACCCAGAAUACAAGGGAGAAUGGAAGCCGAAGCAGAUCAAGAAUCCCGAAUACAAGGGCAAAUGGAUCCAUCCCGAAAUCGACAACCCAGAGUACACUCCUGAUGACGAUCUCUACCUCUACGAGAACUGGGGAGCCAUCGGAUUCGAUCUGUGGCAGGUAGACUAUUCUUGAAUCUAAUUUAAAUUCAACAUUGCUCUUAACAAAAAUUCGAAAAAUUUUCUCUUUUUUUAGGUUAAAGCCGGUACCAUCUUCGACAACGUCCUCGUUGCCGAUUCUGUUGCCGAUGCCAAGGCCCAUGCUGCCGAGACUUUCGACCUCCUGAAGACGGCCGAGAAGGAGCAGAAGGAGAAGGCUGACGAAGAAGCCCGCAAGAAGUUGGAGGAAGACGAGAAGAAGCGCAAGGAAGAAGAGGAUUCCAAGAAGGAGUCUGCCGAUGACGAGGAAGAGCCCGAGGAGAAGGAAGAUCACGAUGAACUUUAA